AUGAGCGCCCACCUAGCCACGCCGCAAUACGUGCUCUACCCCGGCGCGGCCAGGUACGGGGACUAUUACUGGUUCUCCGCAGGCGGCAUGGACAGCGCGCCCACCGAGGAGGCUCCGGCGCUGGAGGCGCUCCCGCUGCCCGCGGCCAAGACGCCCAGUCCCUCAGUUGACUCUCCAGCUUCCUCCAGUUCCGGGACACUCACCCAGUACCACACCCCCGACUCCGCCACCAGUCCCACCACAGUGGGGAGCCCGUCUCCCCACUCCUCUCUCCAGAAGGUCAAGGCGCAAGGCAAGGGUGUGGUGAAGACGGGCAAGAGCCGCACAGCCUUCUCGCAGGAGCAGCUGAAAGCCCUGCACCAGCGCUUCCAGAGCCAGAAGUACCUCAGCCCCCAGCAGAUCCGGGAGCUAGCUGCUGCCCUUCAGCUCACCUACAAGCAGGUGAAAACAUGGUUUCAGAAUCAACGGAUGAAAUUUAAGCGUUGCCAAAAGGAGAGCCAGUGGAUGGAUAAAGGGAUGUAUUUACCACAGAAUGGGGUUCAUCAGCCUGCAUACCUGGAUAUAGCACCCACAUUCCACCAGGUCUUCCCUGCCGGUUCCAGCAGGAACUUUCAGGCUGUGUCCAACGUGCACCAGGCUUACAGCAGCGGACAGACUUAUGGAAAUGGGCAGAACCUGUACUCAAUCCCAUCUGUGGAGGAUGAGGGGCUCUUUGGAAAAGGUGGGACAAGCUGCAAUACCCAGCAAACCAUGGGUUUAUUAAGCCAGCAAAUGAACUUCUAUCACAGCUACUUUGACAAUAUAGAUUAUGUCAGCUUGGAGGUUGAAGACACUUUCAACUUCCAGAGCACCUCUGACACUGUCACACCAUUUUCGAGCUCUCCUAUACAGAAUCAAUGCCAGUUACCUUGGCAUCCCAUGGGGACCCAGAGUGGGUAUGAGUCUCAGGUUUGAAGGUUUUUUUUCCUCCCACCUCUUAUGUUCACCCAUGGGAUUUCCAGGGUUUUGAAGUCAUGUUCUAUUUGUUUUUCUUGCCCCUCCUCCACUACUGGUGUUGUAACUAACGGG